AGCAAGCUUUUCCUCUUCGACACAGGUGAUCCAUCUGAGUCACAGGCAGCACUCGUCCCCCCUGCUUCUGUCCAACCUUCUAGACCUCUUUUCCCUUCGCAAAGGCGUUGGCUGUUGAACCUCCCGACUAACAUCUGCUGCAUUCUUCCAGUCCGUUCUUCAAUCUCGAAGAUGUGGUUCCAACGUGCUGCCACGUUGGCCCUAGCGGGUGUGGGCGUGGCGCUCGCCAUCGUGUCGUGCUGCUACAUGGCCGACAACUACCUUGUCAUCUCGCACCCCACGCUAUGCGGUGGUGUCUCCAACACCACCCUCUGCUCCGACGAGUUCCGCGCCGCUCGUAGGCAGCUCGGCGUGCUGCCUCAGGCGGCGGACAGAGUCACUGCAGCAAUGGUUUCCGCCGUGGCGCUUCAGGUCCGUGCGAUAAUCGCGGCCGCGGCGGAGAUUAAGCGCGCCAACGUGCGGCAGAACCACUUCGUGAACGUCGUCGCGGACGACUGCAGCACGCAGGGCGGCAUCGCGCUGCGGUACCUGGGCCGCACGAUGGAAGCGAUCAACUCCAACAGCCAGCACCAUGACCGCGCGUUCUGGCUGUCCGCCGCCAGCACGCAAGUCGGUAACUGCGUCGACGGCUUCAAGUCGCUCGCUCCCGCCGCCACCUUCCAGCCCGCUUUCGUGCAUCUCGAGGCUAUCGCCAACAAAGCCGACGACAUUCUCGAAGCCGUUGUCGCCAUCGCCAAGAAGGCUGCGACAGCCCCUGCGACGAACAACGGCCUCGGGGGACUUCUUCCUAAGUUUGGUCGCAAGCUCGCUUCUUCUGAGCCCAUGGCUGGUGCGGGCGGCGUGAAGUGGCUGGAUGAGGACUUUGUCGCACAGCUGCGACAGCUGCAGGCGGAGCUGAACGCCAUGGGCGACGACGUCCAUGAGCACGUCGCACGGCGACAGCUCGACGACGACGAUGACGACGACGAUGAUGACGACGAGAACAAGAAGGACAAGAAGAAAAACAGGAAGAACAAGAACAAGGGUAGCAGCGGCAGCAGCAAGAGCAAGAGCAAGAGCAAGAACAAGGGGGGGAAGUCCAAGAACAGCAAGGGGAGCAGCGCCAAGCCCACUUCCGGCCCCAUUCGCGCGAGCAAGGGAUUGAGGGCCAACGCGGUCGUCAAGGGCUCCAUUCAGGACGCCGUCGACGCCGCACCCGGCGGCAGCCGCUACGUGAUCUACGUCCCCGCCGGCACCUACAACGAGCAGGUCGUUAUAGACACCCCCGAUAUUAUCCUUAUCGGAGCCGGCGCCGGCAAGACGGUGGUGACUUACGACGAGAGCUACGGCAGCGGCUCGAGCACGUUCGACUCGGCUACAGUCGGCGUGAACAGUGACCGGUUUGUUGUGUUCGGGAUGAAGUUCGUCAACACGGCCGGGCCCGAAAACCACCAGGCUGUCGCGUUCCGCGCUACAGGCGACCAGUCGGCGGCGAUCGACUGCUCGUUCGAGGGGUCGCAAGAUACCCUCUACGUGGACGCCGGCCGGCAGUACUACUCCAACUGCUACAUCGGCGGUACGCAGGACUUCAUUUUCGGCGACGCGGCGGCGGUGAUCGAGAACGCCAAAAUCCAGCUGCACCCCAGCAAGUCGUUCAUCACCCUCACGGCGUCGGGGCGUGCCAAGGACACGCCGACGGGCAUCGUGAUCCGCAACUCCGUGGUCACCGCCGACAAGGGCGCGGCAAAGGCGUACCUGGGUCGGCCGUGGAAGAAGUGCGCCUUCACCGUCUUCGUCAACACUGUGCUGCCGUCGAUCAUAAUGCCCGACGGCUGGCUGUCGUGGAACGAGGGCAGCUGCAUGUAUCUCGCCGAGGCGGGCAGCAAGGGCCCGGGCGCCAAGUCGUCGCGCGCGGACUGGGUCGACCCGGGGAUCAUUUCCAACGGCGCGCAGUACACGCCCAAUGGCUUCGCGGAAGUGAACUCGUGGCUCGUGUUGGCGUGAAUGCCGCGGGAGGGGGAGUGGCUCCAUGAAUGCUCCGGUUUCCGCUCCGCCUCCCCCGGUCCUCGUUCUUGGCGGGAUGACUUGCGAGUAGGUAGGAAGAGAUGCGAUUCUCAUCGACUAAGGCGUACGCGGCAACAGUAGAGAAAUGCUUAGGGGCAACUUCCGGUUUUUCUACUGGUACUGGACGCCUAGGGGCGUACGCCCCUAGAGAAAUGCAUAGGCAACAGUAGGGGCAACUUCCGGUUUUUCUAGGCUAGAUGGCUUCUCGCUAGUGCUUGUCCCUGUGUCCAGCGGCUAACUAUGCUUGUUUGUUUCUCCUAAUGAAUUUCAAUAAUUGCA